AGUAUGCUUUAGAGUAUGCACGGUGGAAAAAGAUUAAUGCAAGCUGGCGCUUUUGGUAUGACAACAACCCGAAGGACUUUCAUAAAGAAAUUAAUCCUUUAGUUACCACAAAUCACUACCAGCCUGUAUGUUUUAUCUUCCUCUUCAUGCAUGGCAUAUUUAAUAUCUAAUACUGAUCCCGCACCUUACUCUACAGGAAACAAAGGAAUGGAUACGGUUUUGCAAAAGGUUUUGGCCAUGUGGUGUCCUUGGUAGGUCAUCUUCAUCUAUAACUGAUUUCUUAUGUCUAAUGUUCAAGGGUAGAAUAUCUUGUCCACCGUGCCAGACAGCAAGGGAAGAUACCGAAGGAAUGUAGGAGAAUGCAAGCUGUACUUGACAAGUUGGCAAUGGGGGACGAAUUUAGGGAAGUUCUGAAUAAUGAGGUGCAUGGAAAUGAAGUAGCUCUCCAUGAUGCUAUGAAUUCUGUCCACACUCUCUCUACCAUAUCUUAUAUUCCAGCCCUGUCAGAUACUGGUGGUCCUG